UGGGCGGCGCGACUGUACUUGACGGGGGGGGGGGUUUAAGCAAGGUUUACAAUAAAAUAAAAACCUUUCCAAAUCGUGCAUCACGAAGCUGACGUACUUUCUUAGCUUAAAGUUUCAGUUUUUUUCAUGAUAUGCCAUGACGCGGGAGUUAUGCGAAAGGAAGCGUUUUUAAAUAUUUUAUAACUCAAAAGCGCAACCCCCUUCCACCCCCCCCCCCUUCCUUUCCUCGAACGGUGGAGCGUUCCUGCGCGCAGGGUGUGGAUCACAGCCGGGCAGAGCGAGUCAAACCCGGGGAGUGAAUACGCGGGUAACGCGGCGAAUAUGAGCUAGUGUCGGAGGAAACAUUAACAAUAAACCGAGAAGGAAGGAAGGAAGGAAGGGAAGGCAGGAGGGAGAGAGAGAGAGAGAGAGGAGGGUCUGGAAAGGGGCAGAAGGAUAUAUCGGAAAGGAGUAAGCUCUCAGUGGGGCGGAAACUGGAGAGAGGCCGACUGAACUGCGGGGACCGGCUGGGGCAGAAGCAGUCGCUUCUCGGGACCGCCGAGAGCUGCAAUGCCGUGGAUUUAAAACGGAGAGUUGUGCAAACCGGCUGUGAAAAAUACAGAGAGGAUUUAUUUAGGAAACACGUUCAGAAGGACAAGCACAAGUGAAUAAGACACAGGCCGGGCUUCCCCUGCACCGCUUAAAACCAAUUUAUUAGAAAACAGAAACCGCUUGCUUUAUUUAUUAUUAUUAUUAUUAUUAUUAUUAUUAUUAUUAUUAUUAUUAUUAUUAUUGAAAACGUCAAAUGUGCAAUAACUAGAAAUGCUGUAAUGUUAACUGGAUUUUAAGAAUAUAUACGGUAUAUAUUUUGCUGUGUGCAAACUAUUUCCCCAUUUUUUUUUUAAUGAGCUAAACCAAACUCGAAGACGGAGGAGUGGAGUCUCGUCUUGCAAGCCAGUUUCAAGCGCUUUUACCUUUUUCAAUGCAAAACAAAAAUAGCAUUUAAAACCACCACCGGUGCAUUAAUUCCAUUAGUUUUCUAUUUUUCUUUGCGAGUGGGAGUGGUGUUUUGCUUACACUGCCGUGGAUUUCUAAUGGUUUCUGUCGUUGUGCCUCGGUUACUGUAACUGAAUAAUCGCUAGCAAGACGAGCGAGCGGAGAGGUGUGUGUGUGUGUUUAUGUCUGCUCGCUUCCUGUUCCUUCAUCGCUGGAGCAGAGAUAGUGCGUGUUGUUUGUUAUCGAUCAAGGAAAGGGAGGAGGAGAGCUUGUCACUCGGACUACAACAUCUGACUGAUCUUUAAAAAAAAAACCUGUCGGGGUCUAAGGUCAACAGUGGACAUCUGUUGACAUACCCCUCUCAUCCAAGAACAAACGAAGAAAGAAAAAACUAAUAAAGGCGAGUGGAUUUCUGCUCACCGUACCACCCUUUAGUGUACUAAUGCCUGGACCGCCGUUAUAAAGACCAGGACUCCUAAAACUGUAUUUAAAAUAAGCAUCUAAUGUGAAGGACUAUCUAAGCGGAUUACAGACUCCGCAAGAUUUUUUUUAGUGUGUGUGUUAAAAGUUUAUCUGCCAGAAAACGAACUCCAUCAGUUCUCUGUUUUUAUAUAUAUAUGCGUUAGAAGUGACAGGGUGGGUCGGUGCAUUUCAGAAAAAACUCACAAACCCCGGCCAACGUUUUUUCUGCCACUUUCUGCUACCCAUCUCCCCAUCACCGCAACGCAGGACUCGGAAACCGUAUAAGCCGCAUCCAUUAAACUGUAUUGUGUAGACGAAGCACAUAGUACUGCUUGUACGCUAAACUGUGAAUGAAGUUCUGCUUUCGAUGUGAGCAACCAAAUAAAGAAAAACCCAUAGAAUAUAUAUUUAUUUUUUCAACGCACAUACAUACAAAGCAAGCGCUGUUGUUGCCUGAACUACGUCAUCAUUUGCCUUAGAGUUCCUAAACACGAACGAAACGAAGAAGCUGAAAUUUUAGUGCCUUUUUUUUAAUUAAUUUCUUUUCUGUUUGCCACCGCUGCUCAACUCAGGAGAGAAGACAUCCGUUCAGAUUGGGGAAAACUUUUCAAACUCGCCUAAACUGCCUUUCUUUCUCAUUUCCAGCGGAUAUACUGUAGUUGCACGGUUUUUUUUAUUUUUGUUCAGAAGACUUUUUUCACCGCUGGACUGCACAGUUCUGUUCGAUACGGUAUUAAACGGUCUCCCGAGGAGUGUAGCUGGAUUUGCAUUUUAUUUUGUGUGUGUGUGUCGGGAUUCUAUCUACAAUAAACGAUUGCAAUGGUGAUCACCUCUAGUGUGGAAGAGGAGCCUCCGUCUUCACAGAGAAGGCUGGCAAUGCUACAGACGGAAUGGACCAGCAACCACGAGCCCAGCCGCUAUCUCCCCCAGUCCCAUCUGCUUAGGAAGAACUCGAGAAGUGGAAGCAGCUCAGGAUGCAAGCCCUCCUCCUCCUCCUCCUCCUCCUCCCUCUGCCUGCCUGCUGCCUUGGGCUUCUCGCCCGCUGAGGCAACCAUGUCGAGCCAGCAGAGCCUCCCCUCCUUCAGCAACAUCCACUCCAUGGCCGACCAGCAGCAGGUGCUGUCAGACAUGACGAUAUUACAGAGGAGGAUCCCCCCAACCUUUCGUGACCCGGCCUCUGCACCCCUCCGAAAACUCUCGGUGGAUCUCAUAAAGACUUACAAGCACAUCAAUGAGGUGUACUACACAAAGAAGAAGCGGCGUGCCCAGCAUGUGCCCCCGGAGGACUCGAGCACGAAGAAGGAGCGGAAGGUGUACAACGACGGCUACGACGAUGACAACUACGACUACAUUGUGAAGAACGGGGAGAAGUGGCUGGACCGCUACGAGAUCGACUCGCUCAUCGGCAAGGGCUCCUUCGGGCAGGUGGUGAAGGCGUACGACCACCACGAGCAGGAGUGGGUGGCCAUCAAGAUCAUCAAGAACAAGAAAGCCUUCCUGAACCAAGCCCAGAUCGAGCUGCGUCUGCUGGAGCUCAUGAACAAACACGACACGGAGAUGAAAUACUACAUCGUCCACUUGAAAAGGCACUUCAUGUUUCGCAACCACCUCUGCCUGGUGUUUGAGCUGCUCUCCUACAACCUGUACGACCUUCUGCGCAACACCAACUUCCGCGGCGUCUCCCUCAACCUGACGCGCAAGUUCGCCCAGCAGCUGUGCACCGCCCUGCUGUUCCUGGCCACGCCCGAGCUCAGCAUCAUCCACUGCGACCUCAAGCCCGAAAACAUCCUGCUGUGCAACCCCAAGCGCAGCGCCAUCAAAAUCGUCGACUUCGGCAGCUCCUGCCAGCUCGGACAGAGGAUCUACCAGUACAUCCAGAGCCGGUUCUACCGCUCUCCAGAGGUCCUGCUGGGCAUGCCCUAUGACCUGGCCAUCGACAUGUGGUCUCUGGGCUGCAUCCUGGUGGAGAUGCACACAGGGGAGCCCCUCUUUAGUGGUUCCAACGAGGUGGAUCAGAUGAAUAAGAUAGUGGAGGUCCUGGGAGUCCCUCCCUCCCACAUGCUCGACCAGGCCCCCAAAGCCAGGAAGUACUUCGACAAGCUGACCGAAGGCCUCUGGACGGUCAAGAAGAAUAAGGACAUAAAGAAGGUACUUUAUCCGUCGCCCUCCGAGUACAAGCCGCCAGCCACUCGCAGGCUGCACGAGAUCCUGGGUGUGGAAACUGGGGGCCCUGGGGGCCGACGGGCGGGGGAACAGGGCCACGCCCCCUGCGACUACCUGAAAUUCAAGGACCUCAUCCUGCGCAUGCUGGACUACGACCCCAAGACCCGCAUCACCCCCUUUUACGCGCUGCAGCAUAACUUCUUCAAGAAGACCACCGACGAAGGGACGAACACUAGCAGCAGCACCUCCACCAGUCCAGCCAUGGACCACAGCCACUCCACCAGUACCACCAGCUCAGUCUCCAGCUCAGGUGGAUCGAGUGGCUCUUCCAAUGAUAACCGGAAUUACCGGUAUAGUAAUCGAUACUACAACAGCGCUGUCACUCACACGGACUAUGAGAUGCAGAGCCCACAGGCUCCCUCUCAGCAGCAGAUGAGGCUGUGGCCGGGCGGUGACGGGCCAAUCCCUAACAGCGACUCCUACCCCCAGCUUCUCCUGCACAAGCCAGCCGCCACCCAGCAGCCUCGCCACUACCCCUCUGUGCUGGUGGGUGGCGGUGGAGGAGGACUGACCAUCAUCGAGCCUCACCAUCCGCACCCCAUCUACGGGCACCACGGCAACGGGCGCCAGCUCCAGCAGCACCGGCAGCAGCAGCAGCAGCAGCAGCAGCAGCUGAUGCCCAUCUCUUCCCCUCAGAUCCCAGACUCCAUCGAGCUGAGCCUCGCUCAUCACCACCACCACCACCUGGCCCCGUCUUCCAUCCACCAUCCGCCCACCCUGCCCCCCAGCCUGGACUCCAGCCAGUACGGCUCUUCCAACCUGCACCUGGGUCUCUCCGCCUUCCGGACUAGGACAGUAGUAGCCCCUCCCCAGGACAGUGUGGUGGCCACCUCCGGGCUGAGCUACCCCCCUUACUCCAGCUCCAGCAGCAGCAGCAGCAGCAGCAACAACAACAACCCUCCACAUGGUGGCGUAGUCGGCAGCGCGUUGACGGGGCUGCCCCGAAACAGCCGCUCCGACUCGGAGGAAUCGGCCAUGGUGGGAGUGUGCGGGGGGGGCGGCGCCCCCUCGCAGGGCACGUCCGCUAGCUCUUGAUGACUCUUGAACAACUGCAUAAAGCCAUACAGUUUAAAAUGAUGGAAUAAAACAAACAGAGACACGCGCAGAUCUACAGAGACGACGAGAAAGUUAGCAAGUUGUUUGUUUGCAUGGGCGGGGCAGGGCGGGGGCGGGAGGGGAGUUUUUAAGGUUUGUUUUUUAUUCAGAUUUUUUUUUGUUCAAGAAGGACAAAUGGAGGGGGGGGUGGGGUCUAAAUUAAAUGGACGACGUGUGGCGGGUGGGAAAUGGGUUUCUGUGAGAGGAGGAAGAACCCUGUUUGUUUUAUUAUUAUUAUUAUUAUUAUUAUUAUUAUUAUGUUAUUUUUUUCUGAAGUCUAGGUGUUUAAUUGUAAAUUGUUAAUUUAUUAAUAAUCACUACAUGAGGUGCGAGACCUGCGUGUGGAGAAGAAAACAAACUAAAGGAGAAACAGCAGGGUGUUUUUUUAUUAUUAUUAUUGAUACAGAAAGAAGAAAUAACCUCUUGGACUUCUAAUAUUUUUCCUUUUUUUUUUUUUUUCAAUUUUUUUUUUUUUUUUUUUUUUAACUUCUCGCUACACACUGGCUUAUAAAAAAACAAAACAAAAAAAAAAACAACUACUAAAGGAAGGAGGGGGGAUACCUGUCAUCAUGAAUCGCUUCAGAAAAAACUAAAACAUUUCUCAUAAGAAGAAAACCAAAUGCUUCCGGUUUAUAUUGUCUGUCGGUCUGUGUCUCUCUCUCUCUCUCUCUCUCCUUUCUUUCUUUCUUUCUUUCUUUCUAUCUUUUUGCUCUGUCUCUUCUCCCGCCAUCUCUCUCCUGCUCGGACGGACUGGUUAACAGUAAAUUGAUUGACAGGCCUCACUCCUGGCUGUCACUUUUGGGGGUGUAAGAACCCACUUUUUGUCGUCUGUCAACAAAAAAAUACUUCUUGUUCAUUCUUCCCUUUCUUUCUAGAGUGUUUCAGUCCUCUCUCUCUCUCUCUCUCUCUCUCUCUCUCUCUCUCUGAUAUAUAUAGUUUCUCUCAAGCUGCUAACUCCACUCAACAAUGUCGGGAUUGCUGCUAGACAAAAGAAAAAAAAAACUUUGUAACCCUCCUGCUUAAAAAAAAACAAAACAAAAACAACCACUGCAUCUCAUGUAUUUAUUACUAUUUAACAAAAAAGAAGAAAAAAAACGAA